GCUCGCAUCGGCUGGAGGGCGAGCUCGCCGCCCCCGGCUGCCGCCUGCUCAAUCGCCCCGACUUCUUCACCAUCCUCCACAUGAACCCGGAGGCAACAGCGCUGUACAACCGCCACCCCACCCUCAAGCACAUGCUGAACCGCAUCAGGCGCGACCCCGCCUACUUCGACAAGUACCAGCACAACAAGGAGCUGGUCGCCUUGGUGAACAUGUUCGCCAAUGAGCAGCUGGAGCUGCCCGACGGGUGGGACCGCAAGCAGGACGCCGUCGCCAAGCCAUUUUUUAUCGAUCACACUAACAAACGCACCACGUAUAUGGACCCGCGACUGCCACUCGACUGCGCCCAGGCAGUGCGGCGCCUGUCCGAUGACGCAGAGGCGCCGGUGCCGCCCCCGCGCCCCACCACAACGACGGCGAACGCCCAGACGAACAUCCCGGAAGUGCCGGCCGCCUACAACGACAAAGUGGUGGCGUUCCUGCGCCAGCCGAACAUCUUCGAUAUCCUGAAGGAGCGGCAUGCGCCCGUGGGCAGUUCGGCAACGUUGCGCGACAAGAUCAAUGCGGUGCGGGUGGACGGGACUCUGGCCCUCGACCGGCUCAGCCACGACGUCAACCUGACCAUCCUGCUCAGCCUGUUCGAGCAGGAGAUCAUGUCGUACGUGCCGGCGGUGGAGUCGGGCAGGGGGGCGAGCGCCGCCCGCAGCCCCCACAGCUCGCCGAUGGCGUCCCCCGGGCUGGGGCGGCACCGCGUGCCCGGGCCCCACAAGCGCGACUUCGAGGCCAAGCUGCGCAACUUCUACCGCAAGCUGGAGAGCAAGGGCUACGGCCAGGGGCCCGCCAAGUUCAAGCUGCACGUGCGGCGCGACCAUUUGCUGGAGGACGCGUUCAGGCGCAUCAUGUCCGCCAGCAAGAAGGAGCUGCAGAAGGGCAAGCUGUGCAUCGUGUGGGACAACGAGGAGGGCCUGGACUACGGGGGCCCCUCCAGGGAGUUCUUCUUCCUGCUGUCGCGCGAGCUGUUCAACCCGUACUACGGCCUGUUCGAGUACUCGGCCAACGACACCUACACUGUCCAGGUUUCGCCGAUGUCCGCUUUUGUGGACAACUACCACGACUGGUGAGUGUAGUUUGUUUGUUUGCAACAACG